AUGGCGUCGUUACCAAACGAUUCGUUGACUGCUGGUCUACGCGGUCUGGACGAGAGACUGCCAGUCACCAUCCGUCACGAUAUCUAUCCAACCAUCGACCCUCAAGAGCUUUAUGAAGCACAGACCUUCAAAAACGACGUUGUACUUGUCACCGGAGCCUCCAAAGGUAUCGGAGCAGGCAUAGCUCUCGGUUUUGCCAAAGCGGGCGCAGCGGUUGUUCUCGUGGCGCGCCAGCAGUCGACGCUUGACGACUCGGAGGCCGAGAUCCUGAAGGCGGUACCGGGAGCUCGAACCAAGACCAUCGUCGCUGAUGUUACGGAUUGGAAAGCCUCCGAAGCGGCUAUUGACGCAGCUGUGAAGCACUUCGGCCGUCUGUCUAUACUAGUAUGCAACGCUGGUACGACGACGAAGUUGGAGACGCCCAUCAUUGAGAAGGAUCCUGAUGCUUGGUGGAAGACAUUUGAGGUCAACGUUCGCGGCGUCUUCAACUUCGCGCGAGCUGCGCUACCGCAUCUCAAGGAAAGCAAGGGUUCAUUCUUCGCACUCUCAUCAGGAGGUGCUCAAGUACGCAUGCGAGGGGGCUCCGACUAUAACACCAGCAAGCACGCCCUCAAUCGCUUUGUUGAGUAUGUCGCACUGGAAACGCCUGAAAUCGCCGCUUUCACCAUCAACCCUGGUCGGAUUGCUACGGCUCUAGCGGAUGCUGCUGGACUUACUGGUCCAGGGUCAUCUUUUGUUGGCACCGAUACUAUCGAGCUGCCGACUGCGACAUUGCUCUAUCUUGCGUCUGGUAGAGCGAAUUGGCUUUCUGGGCGGUACUUGUCUUGCAACUGGGAUCUAUCUGAGAUAGAGAGCGACUGGAAAGCCAAGGUCCUGGAGAAAGACGCGCUGGUGAAUAAACUAUCGAUCCCUUGA